AUGUCGUCCAAGUUAAGCAUUUCACGUGAUACAGCAAAACAGCUGUGCUAUGGUGUUAUCUACGGAAUGGGAGCGAAAACGCUUGCUGAGACUGUGAAGAAAUCUGUAGAAGAGGCGAACGAACUCAUUAAAAAUUUCUUCCAAUCGUUUCCUAGGGUGAGGACGUACAUCAACAAUGUUAAGGAUCAAGCUGUGAAAGCUGGUUUUGUUACUACAAUCUUAGAAGACGUGGCAAGAGACGAUCGACAGAGCAUCAACUAUACAAUCCAAGGCACCGCAAGCGAAAUCUUCAAGAGAGCGAUUGUGGCACUUGACCAAAGUCGAAAAAGUGCAACGAGAAUAGUGAUGACCGUUCAUGACGAAAUCAUCGUUGAGUGUCCAUUAAAUGAAGAAGAUGACGUUAAGCAGUGGGUGCGAUCAUGCAUGGAAAAUGUCUUUCCAGAAUUUCUUGUUCCUUUACCGGUCAAAAUUCGUUCGGGACCCAAUUGGGGUUCCCUUACU